AUGAUAUUGUCAAACGAAUGGGAAUUCGAUAUUUUCGUCGGUAGUAGAAUCGGCUCAUUCAAGCACAUAAAGUACCACACAGACCCAACAAAAAACAGUAAGAAACGUGUAGAGAACCUUGUUGACAUAAAAAGCCUACAAAAAGAUGACACAAUCACAUCUAUGGUGUGGGGUAACACUGAGCAGACUGAAAUACUAAUUGGAAAGAAAAAUCAACAGAUUCAAAUCUACAAUACCCAAAGAGCGGAGUUCACAAAAACGUACACGGCGGAUUUCGGUACUGGAGAUGUGGUGGGACUGGGUCGCCACAAGCGGAAACUUCUUGCGGCCGUUGCUAGCGGUGUGGUCAAGAUCUGGAGCAAGAAGGAGGAAACAACUGUUGAGACUGGGAAGAUCGACAGGAUGAGAGUCUGUGGAGAUGACACCACACUGUUUGCUACUGGUGGUGAAGAGAACGACCUGAAGGUCUGGCGGAUCGGUGAAACACAGCCAGUGUUCAUCGCGAAGAACCUUCCGCACGACUGGCUGCAGUUGAGGCAGCCGGUCUGGGUGUCAGACCUAGCCUUCAUGCCGGGGGAGGGAGGCCAUUUGCUGGCCGUUUGCUCCAGACAUGGAUAUGUGAGGCUCUAUGAUACAAGAGCACAGCGGAGGCCGGUGUGCAACGUGAACUUUCCUGGAAUGGCUGCGACGUGCAUCGAACCCGGCUUGGAUGAACGGCAGGUGUUGGUGGGGUUCGGUCGCGGGCAAGUGCACCAGGUGGACUUGCGCAAGGGUAGACCGGACAAGGGGUACAAGGGGUGUGCGGGAGCUGUGACAUCACUGGCUCUGCAUCCACGCCGAAUGCUGGUGACGGUCAGCCUGGACCGCCAUCUGCGAGUGCACAGCCUCGACACUAAGCAACUGUUGUAUAAACAAUACUUAACUUCGAAGCUGUCCAGCGUUCUCGUCCAGACAGAGACUUCCACGCCACUGUUGAAAUCUUCGGAAGUCGACGUGAAGGAGGAACUCGAGGAGACGGAGAGUCAGCCAGUGGAUGAGCUGGACGAACUGUUCGACAGCAUGGAAACUGUCGGAGAAAAACCUCGAAAGAAGCAUGUAUCAAACGAAUCCGUGGCUUCUGACAACGCGAAAAAGAUGAAACCGUCCACAGAGGGCAGCACUGACGUCGAUCUAGAAGACAGCUUAGAGGAUAAAGACGACAAAAUUUUGAAACUUCUUAAGAGCACUGAAAAGCAAAAGAGAAGGAUGCAGAAGAAAAAGAAAGAGAAGAAAGCACGUAGCGUUUUUCAUACUGCUUAA